CAUUUUGCUCCUCCGUUUCGCCUGGAACAUUUUAUUGCCCCUCCCUUGCUUCUUCCGUAUCUCUCUCCUCUCUCUUCCCCCAACGCCCGCCCGUCCACCUCUCCGGCGAAGCCGAUGGCCGCCAGCUCCGGUGACGGCGCCUCCAGGCCCAAUGCCCUCCCCGCUGCGCUCGUAUCCAAUCUGCAGUCGGUGCUCGCGGCCCGCCGUCCGUCCCCGGCCGAGGACGCCGGCGCCACCGCGCCCGAGGCCUCGGCUCCGGUGGCGGAGGCAAAGGCCGAUGACGCGCCGGCUAAGCCUGUCGUGCUGCUGACCUGCGCCGGUGGGAUCGGGUCGCCGGGUCUCGUGGCGCUCGUCGACGCCCUCGUCAAGGGCGGCCGCUGCGACGUCCACGUAUGCGCCCCUGAUUCGGACAAGCCUGUCUGUGGUCACUCCAUUACCAUCCGCGAGACUGUUGCAGCGACAUCGGUCGAUCUCACAGGGGCCAAAGCUUUUGAGAUAUCAGGGACGCCGGUGGAUUGUGUCUCAUUGGCAUUGUCUGGGAGGCUGUUUUCUUGGUCGGCACCUGCUUUGGUGAUCAGCGGUAUCAAUGCAGGGCCAAACUGUGGCUAUGAGAUGUUCCACUCUUCUGCCAUUGCUGCUGCAAGAGAGGCCUUAAUGUAUGGAGUACCUUCAAUUGCAAUCUCAUUGAAUUGGAAGAAGGAUGAAACCAAAGAAAAUGACUUCAAGGAUGCAGCUGGGUUGUGUUUGCCAUUGAUACAUGCUGCCUUGGCAGACAUUGAGAAAGGAACUUUCCUCAGAGGGUGCCUGCUGAAUAUUGGGGUUCCAAGUUCGCCAGCUGCAAACAAGGGUUUCAAGUUGACCAAGCAAAGCAUAUACAGUCCUGCUCAAAGUUGGCAAGCUGUGUCGACAAGUCGACCUGCACCUGCUGCUCACUUCAUGGGCAUGCAUCAAAGCCUUGGUAUUCAGCUUGCACAGCUUGGGAAGGAUGCGUCUGCUGCAGGAGCUGCACGCAGGGGUAAUACUCAGCGGAAGGCAGUUGAGGUCGAAUCUGUUGCAGCUGCAGGGAAACCAGAUGCUCGAGAAGUAGUGAAAAAGUCUUUCCGUGCUGAGUUCAUCGAGAAGCUGCAUGAAGGUUUGGAUGAUGACAUUGAUUUGAGAGCUUUGGAGAAUGGAUUCAUAUCUGUCACUCCUUUGAAUGUGCAUGGGCGCGUGGAACCUGAACUUGAAGCUCCAGCUUCCGACUGGCUGUCAGCAGCUGUGGCUGUAGACAAAGAAAAAGAAGCUUCUCCAGCAACAUAACAGACAUGUACACCCUGUAGCUGCUUUAGUCCUUGCAUCGGUGUUAUCUUCUCUCACCUGGCUUUAUUGGUUUGAUUCUUCUUUGUCUUUUGCACUUCAUGUUUUUCUUUUGCUAGUUUUUCUCACGAUUGCCGGUUUCUUCGUCAUGUAAAAAUGAUCUGAUGCUGGUAUCCCUACAGUUUGGAAGUAACCAUGUAGGCCAUUGCAUCUACUAGACGAAUACUGCCAGCCCCCACUAUUUUUUCAGAGUGGUUUGUUCUCGAAAGGUGUUGUGUUUAGCAUCGGAUGAAUGUGACUGGUUUUUACUUUGUACCUACCUCCUGCACGGUGUUCUACAAAAAUGUUUUGACCUCGUUUAGCCUGGAAUGCAAUUUUACAACUCAA